AAAUACAACGAAAAUCAAAAAAAAAAAAAAUAAAAUGAAAAUGAUUAAAUGAAAUCAGCAACAAUAACAACAAAAUCAACAACAAUAAUAAAAAUUUAAAAAAAAAGAGGUCGUUUCUUUUUCUUUUGGCAACUGCAACUUUUGAUUGCGAUUCGUGUAAAAACAACAAAUUUUUCUUUUGCAAAUCACAGUCUCUUUUAGAAUUUCAAUGGAAUCGCAAUUAAAAAUUAAAAAUCAUAUAAUAAAAUUUUAUUAAAUUAAUUUAGAACAAAAAAAAAAACAAAAUAAAAGAAAUUUAGAAAUUUGUGCGUAAAAAACAAAAAAAUAUUGAAAUUUAUUGAAUUAUUGAAAAAAAAAUAAAUAAAUUUAUUUUCUAUAAUAAUAAAAAAUUGAAAUAAAGCCGAAAAAAAAAAUUUAAAUUAAAUUUUAAAGUAUAGAAAAAAAAAAAUUUUCUUCAAUAUUCUAAUUGUUGAAGAGAAAAAUAAAAUUCAAAUCGAUUACAAAUAAAAUUUAUUUAAAAUAAAAUAAAAAAAAAAAAUACAAAACAAUACAAAAUAUACGAAAAUUACCUUUGUCAGGUUCAAGGUACCGGGUGUCGUUCCGACCUUAUUAUAUUUUUUUUUUUUGAAUUUUUCGUUUCGGGAAUAUAAAUUUGCGCGUAUAUUAAAUAUUUUUUGUUUUUGUUAUGCUAUAAAAUAUAAUAUAUAUAUAUAACUGUAUAUCAUAUUUAUAUUACACAAAUACAUACAUACAUAUAUAUGUAUAUAAAGUGAGAUAAAAACAAGAAUAAUAAAAAGAGAGUAUAAAAUUAAACAAUAAAAACAACAACAACUUAAUAUCAAAAAUAUUUACAGUUAAAAAGAAAAUAUUCAUCAUAUUAUUUUUAUUUUUCCGGCCAACAAUUAAUAAUAAUACUCGUAUUAUUUGAAAAAACAGCAAACAAACAACAACAACAACAAACAAAAAAAAUGGAGAAUAUUGAGAGCGGAGAACUAUUUUCAGAUACGAAAAUUAUUGAAAAUAGUCGUAAAGAAGAGAAUGAAUAUAGAAAAAUUGGAAAGUUUUGUGAUUUUACGUUGAAAUUGAAAAGUACUGGCGCUUCUAUAAAAGUUCAUAAAGUUGUAUUAGCGUCAUCUUGCCCAUAUUUUAGAGCGAUGUUUGAUUCUGAAAUGAUUGAAUGUGUUAAAGGAUAUUUAGAAUUCAAGGAUUUUAUAUCAGAAGCGCAAUUAGAAAAUAUUAUUGAAUAUUUAUAUACUGGAAGAAUAAAUAUACCAUUUUCAGCAGCAAAAAUAUAUUAUGAGCAUGCAAUAUAUUUUCGUUUAAAAUGUUUAGCUAAUUUUUGUACAAUACUAUUAAUUAAAAAUAUUCAAACGGAAACUUGUUUAGAUCUAUGGAGGUUUGGAGGUAAGAAUAUUUUUGAAGUAAAAUUUUGUAAUGAACAUUUGAAAAACAAUGCUUUAGAUUAUAUUUUACUGAAUGCUGACAAAUUAUUCGAUCAUUCAGAUUUCUUAGAUUUAACAGCCGAGGAAAUAAAAACUUUAAUAUCCGAUGAUAAAAUGUCUUGUUCUGAAGAGAAAAUCUAUUCAUUUGUAAUGAAAUGGUUAAAUCAUGAUUUUGAAAAUCGAACAUAUUUUAUAAAUAAUUUAAUUGAAGAAAUACGUUUUCCCUUAAUGAGUGAUAGAUUUAUGACAUCGGAAGUUUUAACAAAUGAUUUUCUAUUAGAGAAUAAAGACUUUUUAAUAAUUGCAACAAAAAUUUUAAAAUCAAAAUUAGAUACAUCAGAAAUAUCAUGUUUGAAAUUUAAUAAAAUCAAUUCACCACGUGUUGGAUUUAGACAAAAAAAUUUAGUUGCAGUUUUAGAUAAAACAAUUUAUCAUUUUGGACCAGAAGAAGAUGAUGUAUUACCGAUGACAUCAUUAACUGGUGGAACACAUAUUGGUGCUAGAAUAACAACAUUUGCUAAAAAUUAUUUAUUAUUAACUGGUGGAGAAAAUUCAAAAAAUUGUGAAUAUUAUUGUCCAGUAACAUAUAAUGUUAAACCAUUUCCAGCUAUGAGUAAGGGUCGUUUUAGACAUGGUGUUGCAACAUUACAAGAUAAAAUAUAUUGUUGUGGUGGUGUUAAUAAUCAUGGUUCAGUUGAAGUUUUUGAUAUUGGAGCUGGAAUUUGGAGUGAAGGAACUAGUUUAAGUUGUGAACUUUAUGAUUUUGGUAUUACAACUUGGGAUAAUUGUAUAUACGUAAUGGGAGGUUCCAAUGAAAGUAUUGCCGAAAGAUAUGAUCCUAGAGAAGAUAAAUGGUCUUUAUUACCACCAAUGCCAGCUAAUUUAAAUGCAUCAUUUACAAGAUCAUUUGCUUUCAAUAAUUCUGUAUACGCUUUUUCAUUAUCAACUGGUUUUAUAUUUGAUGUUAGAGCUGAAAAAUGGAUUGAAGAUAAUGUCUGUUCACCACCUUAUAAUUGGAACUUUUUUGAUUUAACCGAAAUUGAUGGAAAAGUUUAUGCAAUGGGUGAAUAUUAUAGCUGUUAUAAGUAUUAUUAUUGUUAUACAUAUGAUAUUAUUACGAAUACAUGGUUGGAUAUGGCACAAAAAUUACCAUCACAUGAAGAUGUAUCGGUUAUUACAAUGCUAACAUAAAAUUGCAUUUAAUAUAUAAUUGUAAUACAUUUUCUUUCGACAUCGUUUAGCAAAUUAUAAUUCAUAUAACGUAUUAUUGUGUAAUAUAGUAACCCUUAUUUAUUUAUACAUAUAUAUAUAUUUUUUUUUUUUUGUUAAAAUAAAAAUUAAUAUUUUAUUUUUAUCAAA